AUGAAUUUAUCUUUAUUAGAAUCAUUAAAACAAUGGACUAAUUGUACUCAAUUUCAAAUUAUUUAUGACACUCGUGUAGAGGAAUUUACUAUUCAACAAAUUCAAAGAAUAUUGUAUGGAAAAGAUAAUAUUGUUCUGUUAAUCCAAACUGUUGAAAAUGAUUUAUUUGGUACUUAUCAUUCUCAAAUACCAACUAAAAGAAUUGUUCAACAACCACAGCAAUUCUCAAAUUGGGUUGGAAAAUCUGAUGAAAAUAUUUUCCUUUUUAGUUUAAAUAAUCAUAAUUCUCCUAAUACUCCAUUAAAAUUUCUUUCAAAAGCAUUAACUGAAACUUGCUUAUGUUUAAAUACAAAUGAGUCUCAUUUUGAAAUUGUUCUUUGGAUUAGUUAUUGCAUUAAUUUGCUUAAACCUUUAAAUUCUUCAAAAAGUUUUGUCUUUCCUUCAAUCAAGGAUUAUUUCUAUGUUAAUUCCCCUGAUGAUUUAUUAGGCAAACCAAAUUUUAUGUCUACUUUUAUUCCAAAACGUUUUCUUAUACUUCAAGGAAAUUAA